AUGCAACCUGUUCAGAGAUUGCUGCUAGUUAACGCACACGUAAACAAAAAUUGGCUACAGAGGAUGACUGAAUCCUUAAACAGGAGCGACUUCAACUUUACUGAACUCGAGGACAUCGAUGUUUUUGCGGAUGGAUCCCCAGCGCUCAGGUUCAUGAUUUCCAUAGUGUAUUCAUUCGUGUGCGCCGUUGGCUUAGUGGGCAAUGUUUUGGUGUUUUUCUUAAUGAAAGCGAGACAAGGUAAAAAUAAGUCUACAAUAAACUUUUUCAUAAUGAACCUUGCAGUGACUGACUUUCAGUUCGUCCUGGCUUUGCCCUUCUGGGCUGUGGAAGUUGCCCGGGAUUUCAGCUGGCCAUUUGGACACGUAAUGUGCAAGAUUGUCCUUUCCGUAACAGUUAUGAAUAUGUACGCGAGUGUCUUUUUUCUUACCGCUAUGAGCAUCACACGGUACUGGUCCGUGGCAUCAGCUCUGAAAGAUCGAACCCGACAAAAAACCUGCUCCGUUAAAUGGGUGAGCGCGCUGCUCUGGGUCUUGGCCACGAUUGCUACAACACCAACAUUUAUGUUCUCUACCCAGAAGACAGUCGGUAAUGAAACUCUAUGCCUAAUGGGUUUUCCCAAUGGACACUUUUGGCUCGGCCUGUAUCACUUGCAGAAAAUUUUAAUUGGCUUUGUUUUCCCUAUGCUAAUUGUAUCGGUCUGCUAUUUGUUGCUCCUACGAUUUAUUCGGCUUCGAAGCAUGAACAACAAUCUCCCAAAACGAAGGUCUAGGAUAACCAGAUCAGUCACAGUUGUGGUGCUCUCCUUCUUCCUCUGCUGGAUGCCACAUCACGCAGUUACAUUCUGGGGUAUCUUGGUUAAAUUAGACAUGGCACACUUUGAUCAAGCCUACUACAUGGUCCAUACAUACGUUUUCCCUGUGACAGUUUGCCUUGCAUAUACCAACAGUUGUUUGAAUCCAGUUUUGUACUGCCUUACAAGGAGAGAAUUUAGGAAAAUAUUAAAGGACUUAUUCUGGAGAAUUACUUCACCGGCGAUUGUCAAUAGCUGUCAAAUUCGCCCGUUCUCAGGGACCAUUAAGGGCGAACAUGACAGUCAGGCUGUGGUGCCUUUGAAUGUAAUAGAAACCGAACACUGCAGAUUCUCUGUGGAUAAUGACCAGUGUGCUGUAGAUGCUGUAAAGAAAUUGGAACCACCACAUCUCCAGCAUUGGUCAGGCUGUGGACUGCCAGUUUUCUUGAUUUUCAGUGUUCUUUUUCUAGACAAUGGUUUACAUUCUCAUACAAAGUAUUGCAGUGUUUGUCUUUUCCAUAUGUAACAUGCUGUAUUUAAAUAACUUGCAUUGUGGGGCCAUAGCUAAGAAACACACUGAAUUCAGUUUUUUUUAUGCGAAUGACAGAGAGAAGAGCUGUUUAUUCGCUGCACUUUCUUCUUUAACAAUUUUUUAUAAAUUUAUUUAAAAACAGUUUGAAAAUCUAUUUUCUAAGGACUCAUUAGCAAUGGAUUGAUGUACUUAAGCUAAUCUUGAAAAGCUAUUUCUAUGUACACUAAGAUAUGCCUGUGACAGGUUCUCUAAAACUUUUUAAAUUUUAUUUUUUGCCCUUCAGAUUUCCCUUUUAACCAUUAUGCCACUGUAUUUAUGGAAUCUAUAUUGAUGACUUGCUUUAAAUAGAGGUUUGAGGACAUAAGCUCUAUUUGAGUGGGCUGCAAUACCUCGAGUGGCCUUAUUCUGGAUGGUGCUUAGAUAUCUUGAGCUUGAAUGAAAAUGAGCAUGUCUUCCUUCUUCAGUUAUGCUUGCCUGUGUGCAAGCAUGAUAGGAAGAUUUGACCCUGCCAGCAUGACUUUUAAAGAGGGAUUUGAAUGUUAAGAAUUUUUGCUUCACAUCUUUGAGAGUCAGCAAUUGUAAUGUGUUUAUGUAUUUUUAUUUGCAAAGCUAAUGUAACAUUAAACAUGAAGAGUAAAUGUUUGUCAUCUCUCAGCUUUAUUUCAUUUUCUAGCUCAAAAUCCAGUUCUCAUUCAUACAGCUCGUCAUACAAGCAUCAUGCACUUUUUUUAGGUGUACAUAAUGUAUAGCUUUCUAAGGUAGAUAGACCUUUUAUACAACAAAUUCUAGUUUGCAUCUGUUUUUGGUACCACUGUUAUACUUGAUUGAUGGUAGCUUCUCUUGUAACUCUUGAAGAGGAACUGCACUGAACUACAGUUAAAUAUGUAGAGGUGGUAAAAAUGUGUAACACUCAAGAUUUCCAAAGAAACAGGAUGUUCUGGACAGCAGUCCAUCUUUGAAAUGUACAAGUGAUGAAGGACCUCUGUUCAAAAUGUUUCAUUAGAAACCUUGUG